AUGUCAGUCCAAGUUCCAACCUCAACCAUUGCACAUGAAAGAAGACAAAGAAAAGGUCCAAAUUUAAACGUAGUUUUAACCUGUCCAGAAUGUAAAGUCUAUCCACCAAAGAUCAUCGAAAGAUUUAGUGAAGGUGAUGUCGUCUGUGCUCUUUGUGGUUUAGUUUUAUCAGAUAAGUUGAUUGAUACUAGAUCAGAAUGGCGUACUUUCUCAAACGAUGAUCAAAAUGGUGAUGACCCAAGUCGUGUUGGUGAAGCUUCAAAUCCUUUGUUGGAUGGAAACAACUUAUCAACAAGAAUUGGGCAGGGUGAAACUACCGAUUCUAGAUUUACAAAAGAAUUAAAUAGAGCACAAGGUAAAAACAUUGUGGACAAAAAAGAUAAUGAAGUUCAAUCUGCUUUUGCAAAAAUUACAAUGCUUUGUGAUGCUGCCGAAUUACCCAAGAUUGUUAAAGAUUGUGCCAAAGAAGCAUACAAGUUAUGUAACGAUGAAAAAUCUUUAAAGGGUAAAUCGACUGAAAGUGUCAUGGCUGCUUCAAUUUUAAUUGGUUGUAGACGUGCUCAAGUUGCUAGAACUUUUAAAGAAAUUCAAUCUAUUAUUCAUGUGAAAACGAAGGAAUUUGGUAAAACUUUGGGUAUCAUGAAAGGUAUAUUGAGAGAAAAGAGUGCAGAUGGUGUCAUUAAAAUUGAUACUGAUAAUAUGAGUGGUGCUCAAAAUGUUACAUAUAUUCCAAGAUUUUGUUCACAUUUGGGUUUACCUAUGCAAGUUACUACAUCCGCAGAAUAUACUGCUAAGAAAUGUAAGGAAAUUGGUGACAUUGCUGGUAAAUCCCCAAUUACUAUUGCAGUCGUUUCAAUUUAUUUGAAUAUUUUAUUAUUCAAAAUCCCUGUCACAGCUGCAAAAGUCGCUCAAAUCUUACAAGUCACUGAAGGUACUAUUAAAUCUGGGUAUAAGAUUUUAUACGAACACCGUGAAAAGGUUGUAGAUCCUCAUUUAAUUGAAAAUGGUACAGUUAAUGCUAAGGAUUUGCCCAAAGCGGAAAAGGAUAGAUUCUUAAAACCAGAUAAGAGGUAA